UGAGUGCAUUAGCGCCACUGUAAACAAUAACUAGGAACCCACAAGACACCGCCAAAAAAGUGAUUCGUUUCUUAUUUUCCUUUUCCUUUGCGAAUAAUUUGCUGUCUAUCACAUUGAACUGAAUGCACAUUAAAGGCGAGAUGAAACUGACUGAGCCAGUUGUUCGAAGUUUCAGGGUUGCAAAAGUUUUUAAGGAGAACACAGAUCGGAUCAACAACAUAGACUUUUCUCCUACGGGAGAUACGCUUAUUUCGAGUAGUGAAGAUGAUCAAAUUGUAAUAUACGACUGCGAAAAGGGAACGCAAAAACGGACAGUAAACAGCAAAAAGUAUGGUGUUGACCUGGUACACUUCACUCAUGCCAAAAAUACGGCUAUCCAUGCAUCAACAAAAGUUGAUGACACUAUCAGAUAUUUAUCAUUGCAUGACAAUAAAUACAUUAGGUAUUUCCCCGGACACACUAAAAAGGUAGUAGCAUUGUCAAUGUCUCCUGUGGAUGACAUGUUUCUGUCUGGCUCAUUGGACAAAACUUUGAGAUUAUGGGAUCUUCGGUCCCCAAACUGUCAGGGGCUAAUGCAUUUAACAAGUAGACCUGUUGCAGCAUUUGAUCCAGAAGGACUCAUUUUUGCUGCUGGAGUUAAUUCAGAGAGUGUGAAACUCUAUGACCUUAGAUCAUUUGACAAGGGUCCCUUUGCUUCGUUCCGGCUUAAUACAGAGAAAACUUGCGAAUGGACUGGAUUAAAAUUCAGUCCAGAUGGCAAAACAAUCCUUCUUUCGACCAACAGUAGCAUCAUUCGACUAGUAGAUGCUUUCCACGGCAACCCAACCCACACAUUGACGGGUCAUCUUAACGAUAAGAAAAUUCCACUCGAAGCGUCAUUCAGUCCCGAUUCCCAGUUUGUAUUCAGCGGUUCAACGGACGGUCGAGUUCACGUUUGGCAUGCUGAAUCGGGUCAUAAGAUAUGCGUUUUUAAUGCUGAUCACAACGGCCCAGUGCAGUGUAUUCAGUUCAAUCCCAAGUAUAUGAUGCUUGCCUCUGGAUGCAACAACAUGGCCUUUUGGCUUCCUUCGGAGGACAAUUCAUAAAACGACAGUAGCAUAAUUUAUUAAAGUGUUACAUGUAAAGUCGUAUCCUUAAUUGUUUAUCAUUGUCCAGCUCAUCCUUGGGCUCUUCAUAGCCAUCAUUCUGAAAUUUAGUUGUGUUUGGCUCGUAUCUGUGGCAGUUCAAUUUUUGCUCCUGUCGAACUUGCCAAUCGGCAAUCGCGAUACUGGGCCGUGUUCUUAUGAAAACUUGAUGAUAAAGCAUAAAUAAAUGUUUUUUUGAACCCG